CAAUGGAUGAAAUGUAUACCAAGAAGGAAAGAAGCUAAAAACAAGCGUUCAAAUAUUGAAGAAUUUGACACAUGCAUUGGGCACACGACGCCAUUAAAUUGUAGAAUUAGUUCAUCCUUCAAUUAACCCUCCAUCAGUCGUCCCCAAAAUUCCUACUUUCAGACAGAUGCAGCAAGUGAGCAGUCGUCAUCAGCCUUUAGACCCUUAAUUUAACAUUUUGAUCUUACCUCUACCGAAGAAUUUGACCGUUAAAUCCCUCCGCGUCAACUCAACAGUGAAGCAUGUUUUGUUCAAAAAUCUUUUGAGUUGACUCUUCUUCAAGAAAUUGAGCACAAAGCCAUGAUGGGCAGCUGUGAGGUAAGAGAGAGAGAGAGAGAGAUGAGGGGAAUGGAGGAGAGCAGGCUUCAUGAGGCCGCUCUGAAAGGCAGCGUCGAAUCACUAAAGGAAUUGUUGCAAGAAGAUCCGCUCCUUCUCGAUCGAGUCAUCAUCGACUGCCCCCCGGAGACACCUCUGCACGUGGCCGCAACGCUCGGCCACAUCGAUUUUGCCAAGGAAGUUGUGCGUCGAAAGCCCGAACUCGCCCGGGAAAUCGACUCUGAAGGGCAUUCGCCCCUUCACCUGGCAUCCGCAAAAGGGCACCUCCAACUGGUAAGAGUUUUGUUAUCUGUCGAUCCCGACACAUGCCUCUCCACCGAUCAAGAUGGCAGGACCCCACUUCAUCUUGCAGCCAUGAAAGGCCGAGUUGCAGUCCUCGACGACUUAAUCGAGGUCAACCCCGAGGCCAGUCAAGUCCUGACGGAUCGCGGAGAGACCGUUCUACACCUCUGCGUGAAACACAAUCGUUUUGACGCGCUUAAACUGUUGCUGAAGCGUGAGGAGCCAAUACAGAAAGACGAAUUUCUGAACAGGAAAGAUCAUGACGGCAACACCAUCCUUCAUCUGGCCCUGGCGAAGAAGCAGAUUGAGACCAUCAAAUUUCUGCUAAACAUCAAUGGAAUAAAAGUAAACACCUUCAACGCGAAUGGAUUUACUGCCUUAGAUGUUCUGGUACAAAGCCAGGGAGAUGCAAAAGACAUGGAGAUUGGAGAGUUACUUCGAGGCGCCGGAGGUUUGAGAGGAAAGGAUUUACAACCUUCCACAGAAUAUAAUUGGCUUCCGGAUAAAGUGGGGAUAUCGGCGGUGACACCCACACAGGAAAAGCAGGGAAGCAGUUUCAGGCAGAAGGAUGAGAAGAAGCAUAGGGAUUGGCUGGGAAGGAAAAAGAGUGCUUUGAUGGUGGUGGCAUCACUGAUUGCGACGGUGGCCUUCCAAGCAGGGGUUUCCCCACCAGGUGGUGUUUGGCAAGACGAGCUGGCGACGGAUGCCAACGGCAAUCCUGCGAAAAACCCACACCAUGUGGGAAGGUCAGUAAUGGCAUACGAGAAGAAAAGAGAGUAUGGGCAGUUCAUGAUCUUCAACACAAUAGGCUUCUUGGCAUCUCUCAGUAUAAUACUGCUGCUGGUUAGUGGGCUACCAUUAAAGCGACGGAGAUGGAUGUGGAUUCAAAUGGUGAUAAUGUGGAUAGCAAUCACGGCCAUGGCGGUGACUUACUUCAUUACUCUGGAUGCCAUGACGCCGGACCAUGCCCGGCAUGUCCUCUUUCACGUCAACAGAAUUUCGGUGCUGACAUGGUUGGGAUUGAUGGGGUUUCUUUUCAUAGUUCAUGUGCUCAGAAUGACGACAUGGUCGAUGAGAAAGGUUAAAGAAGUCAAAGAAAAGCGAAGGCAUCCCAAGGGUAGGGAGUCUUUUAGUCGAUUCGAUAAUACGCAUGAAUUUGUUUGAGAGACCAUUUUGAUAAAUUGCCAACCCAAAUGGUCGAACUACUUCCGGUCCAGCCCGAGUCUAACGACAUUAUCAAAAUGAAAAUGAAGGAUGGUUAUUGUUUGAUGUGGAAAUUAUAUUUGUUACAAUUACAAUAUGGUAGUAUGUUAGUCAUUGAGAAAUUAUCUUUAUAGAUAGAUGGAUAGUAUAGGUGACAGCUGGAUGGUUAGCCACAGUUCAUUCACAUAAUUAAGUUUGGGUUUUCAAAAAAAAAGACACUGUUCAUUAUUUUCUACCUUAAAACUGAAUCAUACUAUUCAUUAUUUCUUUUUCUUGAUUUGAAUGUAGAAAAAUGUUUGUAUUARAGUGAAUAUAUGAAA